CUGUGCAGCGCUGCACCGCUCCCCGCGGUUUCCGGCAUCGGCACCGGUACAGGCGCCGCACAGAGGGAGAGAUGGCAACAGGUGCAGAUGUGCGGGAUAUCCUGGAGCUGGGGGGCGUGGAGUCGGAGAACACGGGCACCAUCAACAAGAAGGAUAUCAUCAACUCGGACAAGAAAAAGUCCAAGAAGUCCUCGGAGACACUGACGUUCAAGCGGCCGGAGGGCAUGCACCGGGAGGUCUAUGCACUUCUCUACUCUGACAAGAAGGAUGCGCCCCCACUGCUGCCCAGUGACACGACCCAGGGCUACCGCACCGUCAAGGCCAAGCUGGGCUCCAAGAAAGUGCGGCCCUGGAAGUGGAUGCCCUUCACCAACCCAGCCAGGAAGGAUGGAGCCAUGUUCUACCACUGGCGGAGGGCAGCAGAGGAGGGCAAGGACUACCCCUUCGCCCGCUUCAAUAAGACAGUGCAGGUGCCUGUGUACUCAGAGCAGGAGUACCAGCUGUACCUGCAUGAUGAUGCCUGGACCAAGGCUGAGACUGACCACCUCUUUGACCUGGCCCGUCGCUUCGACCUGCGCUUCGUCGUCAUCCACGACCGCUAUGACCACCAGCAGUUCAAGAAGCGGUCGGUGGAGGACCUAAAGGAGCGGUACUACCACAUCUGUGCCAAGCUGGCCAAUGUGCGCGCUGCCCCGGGCACCGACCUGAAGAUCCCCGUCUUUGAUGCCGGCCACGAGCGGCGCAGGAAGGAGCAGCUGGAGCGGCUCUACAACAGGACGCCAGAGCAGGUGGCGGAGGAGGAGUACCUGAUCCAGGAGCUCCGGAAAAUUGAAGCCAGGAAGAAAGAGCGAGAGAAGAGAACCCAAGACCUGCAGAAACUCAUCACAGCAGCUGACACCACCACAGAGCAGCGGCGGGCCGAGCGCAAGGCGCCCAAGAAGAAGUUGCCGCAGAAGAAGGAGACCGAGAAGCCUGCUGUUCCUGAGACUGCCGGCAUCAAGUUUCCCGACUUCAAAUCCGCAGGUGUCACACUGCGCAGCCAGAGGAUGAAACUGCCAAGCUCGGUGGGACAGAAGAAGAUUAAAGCCCUAGAGCAGAUGCUGAUGGAACUAGGAGUAGACCUGAACCCGAUGCCGACAGAGGAGAUCGUGCAGAUGUUCAACGAGCUGCGCAGUGACCUGGUGCUCCUGUACGAGCUGAAGCAGGCCUUCGCCAACUGCGAGUAUGAGCUGCAGAUGCUGCGGCACCGCUACGAAGCGCUGGCCAAAGCCGGCAGCCUGGGUCCUGGCAGCGUGGAGGGCGCCCAUGCCGAUGGCCCGGCCGCCCCGGGUGCUGAGGAGGGCAAAGCUGACACCAAGGACCAGAUCAUUGACGUGGUGGGAGCACCCUUGACCCCCAACUCGCGCAAGCGGCGGGAAUCGGCCUCUAGCUCCUCCUCAGUGAAGAAGGUGAAGAAGCCAUGAACCUCGCACCCACUCUGCCUCGCCUGCUGCUGCCCAGAGCCUGGGCCCCGGCCAGGGGCUGAAGCUGUGAGCCAGAGACAGCAGGAUCCGCGCCAGGCCCAGCCUGGCCUGCCCACAGGAUGGGGGAGCCCUCCAGCAGGAGCCAGGGCACAGCCAGAUAGUGCCCGCUGCACCCUGGAGCUGGUGGCUGUGCUCUUCCCCGCAGUGUUCGCUGGUGUUUUUAUAUGCCCUGUUUUUGUGAGUGUCCCUGUAAAUACAGAGCCCGUUGCCGUGGA